AGUGAAGUUGUCUAGCUUAAGCAGCCUAAAAAGAAAAGUUGUCUAGCUUAAGCCCUAGCCAGCAUGACGCUUAAGCUCUUGGCUGAAGUGAGCCCGCAGGAGUUGCUCGAAGCUCUUGCUGAGCUCCAAAACCACAUGCUCGGUUACGUCAAAUCCAUGUCGCUCAGGUGUGUGGUCGAUCUAGGCAUCCCCGAGGCCAUACAUCGCCGGGGCGGCACCGCCACCCUCGCCGACAUCGCGGCAGACGCAAAGGUACAUCCCGGUAAGGUUGCCGACCUGCAGCGCGUGAUGGAACUGCUUACCACCUCUGGCAUUUUCACUGCCACUGCCGGCGCCGGGGAUGGUGACACCGUGGUGUAUGGGCUAACCACGGCCUGCCGCUUCCUUGUCGGCUGGUGCAACCUGUCCCCUAUGGUUCCCUUUUGCGUCAACCCUCUCGUCGUCUCCUCCUUCAGCAUGCCCGAAUGGUUCAGGACCGAGCCUGAGGACGCCGGCGCCGGCUCCCUCUUCGAGCUCGCACAUGGCUGCUCCCAGUGGGAGAUGGUCAGCAAGGACGCCGGGUUCAACGACGUCCUCAACGACUCCAUGGCCGCCGAUAGCCAGGUCUUCCUCGAGGUCAUUAUUGUCGACAAGGGCCGCAUCUUCCGCGGUCUCAGAUCGCUCGUCGACGUAGGUGGCGGCAAUGGCGCGGGCACUCAAGUGAUUGCGAAGGCUUUCCCGCGCAUCAAGUGCACCGUCAUGGACCUUCCUCACGUUGUCGUUGCCGGGCAGGCCGCCGCCCGUGAUGACAACCUGAGUUUCGUCGCCGGUGACAUGUUUGAAUCCAUUCCAUCCGCCGAUGCUGUCUUACUCAAGAACAUUUUGCAUGACUGGGGUCACGACGACUGUGUCAAAAUACUUCAACGUUGCAAGGAAGCCAUCCCUGGCAGAAAUGCUGGAGGAAAGGUGAUAAUUAUAGAUAUGGUAAGAGGAUCUGCAAAUGGCGACAAAAAAAUCAACGAGAUGGAAGCCAUACAAAACUUGUUCAUGAUGUAUAUCACCGGGGUGGAACGAGAUGAAAUUGGGUGGAAGAGGAUAUUUUCUGAUGCUGGCUUCAGUGAUGAUUACAAAAUUCUGCCAGUAUUGGGUCCCUACUCAGUAAUUGAGAUCUACCCAUGAAAGCUCGGUGAACUAUACCAUAUUAAUUGGCACGAUAAUAAGUUGCACACAUACCUGAAGGCCUACACGUUCUAUGUAUGUGUGCAUGAACUCUGUGUGUGUUGUCCUUUCAAAUAUUCUUUUAAGUGUAAUCGUCUCUAGAAAUUGUCACUGUAUUUUAUGAAAUUAUAUAUCAUGGUGAGAUCGAUGAUUGGGUUUUAUUACACCAA